AUGGCCAUCUUCACAUUGCCAGCAUUCCUCGUUGUUGCUGUUCUCUCUAGCAUGACUUUGGGUUACCCUGAGAUAUCUCUAGGGGCUGAGAUAGGCUUGUGUCUGAGUCCCUGCCCUGAAGGCUGGUUCUACAAUGAUGAACGCUGCUUCCAGCUCAUUCCUGAUAAGAAGACAUGGCUUGACGCUGAGCUAAACUGUUUGAGGCUUGGAGGAAACCUGGCCUCAGAGCGUAGUCAAGCUGAUCAUGAGUUUCUGAAGAAGCUCAAUGGCAAUGAUGAGCCAUUCUGGAUCGGAUUGUCAGACAUUCACAAGGAGGGCACAUGGCUAUGGUCCGAUGGUACAAGUGCAAGUUCUGAAAGGGACUUUUUAAAGUGGAAUCGUGGACAGCCCAACAAUGCGGGCCAAGAGCACUGCGUGCACUCAAACUUCAGAGACCAAAAAGACUGGAACGAUUUUGACUGUGAAGGUACAUUUCCAUCCAUCUGUACCUUGCGAUUCUAUAAGUGA